AUGGCUGACCUCCCCAUUGUCCUCGACGGAGGUACCGGCUUCCUCAAGGCCGGAUAUGCUGGACAGAACUUUCCGGACCACCAAUUCCCCUCCAUCGUCGGCCGACCGAUAUUACGAACAGAAGAGCAGGCGGUGGGCGACAUCAAACUGAAAGACAUCAUGUGCGGAGAUGAGGCGGCGGCAGCACGAUCGAUGUUACAAAUCACAUAUCCGACAUGCCCACAUGCAUCCCCCGACCCUCGAAGUGGCGUCCUUGCUCACAGACUUCGCGCGACGCAGAUGGAGAAUGGUAUCAUCAAACGCUGGGACGACAUGCAACACGUCUGGGACUACACCUUCUUCGAGAAAAUGCAAAUCGACCCCACCGGCCGCAAAAUCCUCCUGACCGAGCCGCCCAUGAAUCCGCUGAAGAACCGCGAGCAAAUGUGCGAGGUGAUGUUCGAGCGCUACAACUUCGGCGGCGUGUACGUCGCCAUCCAAGCUGUGCUAGCUCUCUACGCCCAAGGCCUGUCUUCUGGCGUAGUCGUCGACUCCGGCGACGGUGUGACGCACAUCGUGCCCGUGUACGAAAGCACCGUGCUCAACCACCUGACGCGGCGCCUAGACGUCGCCGGCCGCGACGUGACGCGCAACCUCAUCUCCCUGCUGCUGCGGCGCGGGUACGCGCUGAACCGCACCGCCGACUUCGAGACGGUGCGCGCCAUCAAGGAGAAGCUGUGCUACGUCUCCUACGACCUCGAGCUCGACAAGCGGCUGAGCGAGGACACGACGGUGCUGGUCGAGUCGUACACGCUGCCCGACGGCCGCGUCAUCCGCCUUGGUUCCGAGCGCUUCGAGGCCCCCGAGUGCCUCUUCCAGCCGCACCUCGUCGACGUCGAGCAGCCGGGCAUCGCCGAGUUCCUCUUCAACACAAUUCAAGCGGCCGACGUGGACAUCCGUAGCUCGCUGUACCGCGCCAUCGUGCUCUCCGGCGGCUCAUCAAUGUACCCGGGCCUCCCGUCGCGCAUGGAGAAGGAAAUCAAGCAGCUGUGGUUGACAAAGGUGCUGGGCGGGAACCCUGAGCGGUUGGAGAAGUUCAAGGUGCGAAUCGAGGAUCCGCCAAGGAGACGGCAUAUGGUCUUCCUCGGAGGCGCGGUGCUGGCGAAUAUCAUGUCGGAGCGGGAGAACAUGUGGGUGUCGAAGCAGGAAUGGCAGGAAUCUGGGGCGAGGGCUCUGGAGAAGCUGGGAGCGAGGUAA